ACAGAUUUUAUUCACCCCAUCGAUGGCUGGUCGAGGGAGGGGAAGAGGGAAAGGGAAGGGAGCCUAUCAGGUCACGUGUCCACCCGGGUUCAAACGAGAAAAAGGACUUGGGUGCAGAGAUGUCAACGAAUGCAAGGUUGGAGGAGUAUCGCAAUGCGGGCAGCUUUGCGUCAAUACUCUCGGUUCUUACCACUGCUCAUGCCUACCAGGGUACGCCAUUGGGGCUGAUGAAUGGUCCUGCUCGGCUGGAGGACCUGAAGCAGAAAUCAUCUACAGUCACAGAGACAGCAUCUCAGAAGCAGACAUCCAGAAUGCGUUACCGGGUCGACGGAUCGCAAAUGACGUGAACACUGUCCUCUCCCUGGACAUCCAUCAUAGAGAGAGAAUGGUGUUCUGGAUUGACAGGAGUACCAACAAGAUUGAAAGGAAAUCAUUGGAUGGAGGUGAGAUUCAGCAUAUAGUCUCGAGACACCUGCACAGCCCAGAGAGCUUGGCCGUAGAUUGGGUUCAUAAUAAGAUCUAUUGGACAGACAUCAGACUCAAGCAGAUCGAGAGAUGUGAUUUAAACGGCUCAAACAGAGAAGUAGUCUUCAACACUGGUAAAAGGAGACCUAGGGCUAUUGCUUUGGAUCCAUUUGAAGGGUAUAUAUUCUGGAGUUCAUCAGGUAAAGCCGACAAGGUGGAGCGAGUGUCCACCAAUGGCAGACACACCAAGAGAAUCUCAAAGAAUGAUCUCAAGGUCAUCAGGAAUCUUGCCAUUGACGUGAUCGAUAAGAGGGUCUACUGGCUUGACAUUGGAAAGAGGAGGAUAGAAUCGUCCAACUAUAUUGGGAAGAAGAGGAAUAGACUCUUGGAAGAAAUCAGCCCAAAUGCAUUUGGCUUGGCCAUCUUUGAGCAGAAGGUAUACUGGGCUGACUCUGUGGAUAACAGUAUCCACAGUAUCGUUAAGUAUGGAGACAGUCCAGAGUCCAGAGUCGAUUGGAGUAUUUUUGUAGAAAGUAGCCCCAAAGGUGUCUGCAUCAACCAUCCAUCUACUCAACCCUCGUUUGAUAUCACUGGAUCUUUCAACUGUAGCACACACAGUGACUGUCAGAUUGACCUCCCCGACCUGACCCCUGACCCCUCCCGGUCCUACCUCAUCUACGCCAACACCACCAGCAUCCACCGCAUCUACGCGGACGGAUCCGGUCACAUGACCAUCGCCAAAGCCGGACUCAGCAACAUCUCCACCAUCGAGUUUGACCCCUUACAUAAGAUGGUGUACUUUGCGGAUCACGGGAGGGGUGUGAUCGAGAGGGUCAGGACUGAUGGGCGUGGCCUUGAGGUGGUGUCGACGAGGGGCGUGGACUCGGUGGAAGGCAUGGCUGUCGAUUGGAUGCACCGGAGAUUGUAUUGGGUUGAUUCAGUAGGAAGCUAUAUUGCUACUCAGAGCUUGUACCCUGGUAGUCGACACACGAUACUUAUGUCAUCAUUGGAUGAGCCACAUGGUAUAGCAGUUCAUCCUGCUCUUAACAUCAUCUACUGGAGUUCAUGGGGGGAAUCCCCUAAGAUCGAAGCUGCAAGGCAUGAUGGGAGUAAUCGUGUCACGGUAGCAGCGUCACCGGUGCGACCCACCAAACUGGCCAUAGACUAUACACACAACAAGGUUCUUUGGAUCGAUGCAGGUCUUAGUACCAUCAACGAAGCUGACCUUGACGGGACCAAUCAUAGGGUCAUCAACAGAGGGGAAAUGCACCAUCCUUUCGGUCUAGCCCUGUACGGAGAGCUAAUGUGGUCCACGGACUCGGAGCAGCGGGAAGUCCUAGCGCUGGACCGGAACAGUGGAGAGAAGCGGGUCUCGUUCAGCGGGGACUGGAUCAUACCUGUGGAUGUUCAUUUGAUACACAGUGGAAGGAGAGUUAUAGGAGACAUUGACCCUUGCCAAGUGUUCAACGGAGGUUGCGAACAGAUCUGUAUCUAUGCUCAUACCAACCAAGCAAUCUGUAAUUGUGAGACUGGAUAUCAUCUUAGAAGAGACAGAGUGACUUGUGAACCAGGUAAGAUUAAGAAUAAGUUUGAAAUAAAGAUAAAGAUUAAAUGAAAUUAUCUUUGUUCAUACCAACCAAGCAAUCUUUCAUUUUGAGACUGGAUAUCAUUUAAGAAGAGACAGAGUGACUUUUGAACCAGGUAAGAUUAAGAUGAAGAAUAAGAUUAAGAUUAAGAUAAAUAUUAAAUGAAGUUAUUUUUGUUCAUACCAACCAAGCAAUAUGUAAUUGUGAGACUGGAUAUCAUCUUAGGAGAGAUAGAGUGACUUUUGAACCAGGUAAGACUAAGAUUAAAUGAAAUUAUCUAU